CCUGUGUUGUGGUUACGGCGGGUUUGAUUCCGGAGUGCCAGCAGACGGACGCCGGGCGUGCGCACGGGACGCAGCUGGAUGAUGGCGCUGACGGGGCUGCUGCUGCUGGAGCUCGCUCUCUACUCCAGCUGCUUCGUUUGCGGGAUCGUGGCCGCCGCCUCCACCACCAUCGUCCAGGGUAAUUUCGGAGGUCUGUGCAUGCUGUAUGGACUCGUCAACUACAAUGCAACAGCAGGGCUCAUUGGAAUCCAGUCAUCCAGCUCCCCGUCUCUGUGUUAUUUUGUGUCGGCCAUCUCAGUCAUGGUGGCAGUUGUGUGCUUCUCGCUGUCUCUGUACUGGGUGUACACUCUCUGCAUCGACGGGGAAUUCAGAAGGGAGCGAAUGUGGAUGAACCUGAUUGUGGCUGUGUGUGGCAUCUUCCUCUUCUUCCUGCUCAUCACAGGCUGCAUUCUGAAGAUCGGACGUGACUCGCUGUGCAACUCUGUGCUACACGCCGUUCCCAACAUUACCAGUUGUGAGGAGGCCCAGACUAGAACCUGGGCGAGUCCUCUGAGAGCAGGAAGGUUCUACAGCAGUCUGUACAAAGCUGAGACAGCGGUGUGGGUCAACUUCUUCUUCUGGCUCAUCAUCGGGGUCCUGGUCAUCAUUCAGCGGCGCCAGAUUUCCGGGGCGAAGAUGAUCGUGGGGGGUUUCGGCGGGCCGUCCGGUGGGCUCUUUAGCGACCCAGGGGUGACUGCUGCGGAGACCGAGCCCUUUUUCAACCGCCCCCCGCAGCCACAGUGAGGACGUGCGUCACAGAGUAGAACACACACGCUAACAGCAGCGACAUGUGGAAAUAGGGUUAAUACACUGUUUUUUUUUAGAUGCUUGUGAUCAAAUGUGAGUUAAUUUGGCUGAUUGAGGUUGUGUCAACAACAAUAGAAUCAUUUAUCGACGAGGAUGGGAUUCGAACCCACGCGUGCAGAGCACAAUGGAUUAGCAGUCCAUCGCCUUAACCACUCGGCCACCUCGUCCUGUUUGGCAGGUUUACAUGAAGCCGUUUGUGAUUCCCCUCAGGGUGUGUGUGUGAAGCAGAAGUCCAAAGAUUGAACUGCUGAUAUGUGCAUUUACCUCGAAGCCUUUUUCAACAUCCGAGUCCUGGAUCACACAGAAAUGUGGAGUCCUGCAUUUGGUUUGUUAACACAACCAAGGAACAGGACGUGUUCACCACAGGCAUUCAUGUUAUAUUUCACCAGUGUGCUCAGAUUUUGUACUUCAGUUGUGAUUUGCAGAUGUUUCCGUCUUUAAACAUUUCUCAUUAAAUUAAAAUUGACUUUUUUAAACCGCCCUCCCACCCAGUACCUCCCAGUUUUAAUAAUGUUUAUUUAUGACAUUAUUGUCCCUUCUUUUUAAUUUGCUCUCAGUUACUUCCUUGUUAGCUGUGAGCUAAACCACUAUUCAUGCAUCUGUCGUGGCCCUAUUUUCUUCGACCAUGUACUCUAGUUUCACUCGGAGUCUUACUUAUAUCAGAUAUUGUUUUUGAUCACGUGUUGCAGAGUGAAUGCACUUCAGGGCUGUUUGGUCCGGAAAUCAAAUAUUUGGCUGUCUGUAGUGAUGCUACGACACUCAUGUGCUAAAAUAAACCAAAGAGUCUAAACACAAUGACGUAAACUUCU